AUGGACAACACUGUUAAUUAUUCAGAGCUAUUUUCUCGAUUGUUAGAUAAUGAAGGUAAUUUAAAUAAUUCGAUGCUAACAUUCUUAUAUUACAUGUUUCCUCGAGAUCUUUUCAUUCGAGCAUUAUCAUUAUUAGAAUCUAACGAUAUGUUAAUAUACAUUCUGGAAGAAGGUCUCGUUAAUGAUAAUUCAACAGGUAAAGAAGCCGAACGAACAGUUACAUUAGCUGAUAAACCUACAAGUGAAAGAAGUACAAAUACCCUCGAAGAUAAACAAGAUACAGAUUCGAUAAAGAAGGGGAAUAAUUCAUCUGAUACUGAUACUCAUGAACGAAUCGAAGAUAUGGAUAAAUUAUUAAAGGAUAUAUACAAUGAUGAUGAUUAUCAAUUAUUGUAUCGAUUAAUUGUUAAAUCUGAUAACGAAUCACCAAUUUAUGUUGAUUUAAAAGAUUGGACAUGUUCAUGUACUGAAUAUUGUGAACUUUUUUCAAAAGAAAUACAUUCUGCUGAGGAAUCAAAUACUAAUAAUUCAACAAUUCAAGAUAUUAUGAUUAAUGAAAUUGAUGAUAUUGAAGAAUUUAAAGAAGAUAGAGUUGGACAAUUAGAUGCAUAUAGUUUUUCAAAACAACGAUAUUUUAAGAUUGAUAAAAUUAUGUGUUCACAUUUAUUAGCUUAUUCAAUUUUAUUACGUUCUUCUUUGAAAAAUUUAAAUUAUUUUGUUCAAAAAAAAUCUAAUGUCUUAUUAAUACGAAUAAGUAAUAUCGAUGAAUGGUUAAAAUUGCAUAUAAAUAUUGUCAUUUAA